AUGGAUGGGAGCUCCCAAGUUGGGAGGUUGAAUCCUAUACGCAGUGUAUUCCCAGUAUAUGGGGGGUACCCAUUGCCAGUUGUAAGCCAUAGCUUUUCUUUAUCUUUUGACUAUCAUGGAAUGUUCUUUCUUCUCAAAGGUGUCUGUUUUUAUCUUUCCUCAGCUCAUGCUCCAUUCCCUUUAACCUCCACUGCAGAGGCGGAGCUUAGAUUGGCCCAGAGCUACAAGAUUCAUAGCUGGGGGUUGCUUGUAACACUAAAGUCUUUAGCUACUUAUCUGUUGGGUCCAGAAAUAUCUCAAGAAGAAGGUGAAGGUAAAGAAAUGACACCAAAAAUGGAUAAAGCCUUGCUGGCCCAAUUAAAAGCUGAGAGGGCAAAGCAAUCGUUUGGGGCCGUAGCUCCAAAAAGGAAGAGCUCCCGUCUUCAGAGGGAGCUGAAUGUUGAGAGCUUCUUGGAUGCUGACCUUUCUAACGAUCCUGCUCUUGACUUAGUGGUUGGGCAGAUCGUUGAGGGAGAUGCUGAGAAAUCAAAAAGAAAGGUGAAGGGUGCAGCCGUGGAGAGUACCCCUCUUGCAAAGAAGUCAAAGACUGUUGUCGGUCCUUCUAUUCUGGGUAACUAUUAGGAGGCUCUCGAGUGCGCUUCUGGGCUGCUCUGUG